AAAUCAUCGAAACCCAAUAUCAGAAGUAGACAAAUAUAAAUUGCAUGAGGUUUGAUUUCGGGCAACAAGGUGAAGAAAGGGGAGGGUGUUGAGAUGGUGGUGGAAGGUAAAGGAGAGGAGAGUGUCAGUAGCGAAUCAAAAUCUGAUGAAACAGAAAUGACGACGAUGAGCUCGUAUUGGUUGAUUAAUUUCCCGAGAGAUCUGAUGGCAGGUGCAUUCAUGGGUGGAAUUGUGCAUUCGAUUGUAGCCCCAAUCGAGAGGGCAAAGCUUUUGUUACAAACCCAAGAGAGCAACAUCGCCAUUAUUGGAGGGAAGCACAGGAGGUUUAAGGGGAUGAUAGAUUGUAUUGUGCGUACGGUUAAGGAAGAAGGCAUUAUAUCACUUUGGAGAGGCAACGGAAGCAGUGUUCUUCGUUAUUACCCUUCUGUUGCCCUAAAUUUUUCUCUUAAGGAUCUUUAUCGAAGCAUCUUACGCAAUGACAAUUUUCAAACGUCUAACAAUUUCUUCUCCGGCCCGUCUGCCAACUUCAUCGCCGGAGCUGCAGCUGGUUGUACAACACUAGUAAUCAUCUAUCCUCUUGAUAUCGCACACACUCGGCUCGCCGCAGACCUCGGAAGAACCGAAUCCCGUCAAUUUCAAGGAAUUCGCCACUUCCUAAGCACGGUACGAGCCAAAGAAGGGAUCCGUGGGAUAUACCAAGGGCUCCCUGCAUCCCUCCAUGGAAUGGUGGUUCACCGCGGGCUCUACUUUGGCGGUUUUGACACAAUCAAAGAGAAAAUGUCGGAAAACACAGUAUCAGAAGUUUCGCUAUGGAACCGGUGGAUCGUGGCUCAGGGAGUUACUACAGUGGCCGGGCUUUUGUCGUACCCAUUGGAUACAGUGAGAAGGCGAAUGAUGAUGCAAUCGGGGUCCGAUGAUCGGAUGUACCGAAGUACAUUGGAUUGUUGGAAGAAGAUUUAUAAGGAAGGGGGUAUAGGGUCAUUUUAUCGAGGGGCUGUUUCGAACAUAUUUAGAAGUACAGGGGCUGCUGCAAUCUUGGUUUUGUAUGAUGAGGUGAAGAAAUUGAUGGAAUGGAGUGGCUUGUAGU